GUUUGCGUCAAACACGGAAAUAGAGCGGAAUGAUGUAUUUAUGUUUGUAGUCAGUCGAAAUGUAGCAGCCACGUGAGUCACCGCGGUCACGCCGUUAGUUAAACACAUCUACGUUAUAACAUGUUAGAAAUAAAAGCGUAGUGUGAGCUUGACGGCAGACGGCUCUGCGCAUGCGCCGAUAGUUAGCUUAGCGUCCGGUGCGUGUUGCUAAAAGCGUUAGCUUCGUUUGCUGUGAUACUUUUUACACAGAGCAAACAAAACCCGAAAUAAUUACAAUGGCUUUCGCAAACCUGUUCACGAAGCUGUCCGUCAUUAGUGAAGACGUCAAAGGUCCCGGUGAAGCAGCGUUUACCUUCAGGAACCAGUGUGGAAAUGAUGGAAAAAGCAAUGCCAGAAAGCGUAAACCCAAGGCCGAACGGAGCGGCCCUUAUUGGAAGAAGCAACGUUAUCAAGAUCACAGAAUGGAAACUUUCAAUACCACCUCCUAUGAGUACUCUGGCUGGAAGGCCAUGCAUUCCAAUUGGCAGAACACUGGCAAAGAACCUGCAAGGAUUGGAUUUACUACAGAAAACAACCACCAACACAACGCUGACCACACUGACAAGUAUCAGAAAGGUCCCAAUUAUACAACUAAAAAUAAAUGGAAUGUCUGCAACAGUCAGCAACGGGAGAGAGGGAAGACAAAGAAAGGGCAGAAACAUCUGAAUCAUGGGAAGGAUAAAAGGAAAAAUACAAAGGAAGAUGGUCGUCAUCAGACAAGAGGGAAUUUAAAAAGAGGUGGGAAACAUAACAAAGGCACACGGAUGAGCAAGGAUGUUAAAGUCAAAUUUGUAAGGUCCAUGACAGAAGAAUUCAAAGAGCAGAAUGCCUUAUCAUUUGGUGGUCAGUUAAUUUGUCGACAUCACCUGUGGGGAAGGUGCGUCAAGGGUGACGACUGCCAGCUGGCGCAUAUUCAGGGUUGCAACGAUCUCCUCAAAGAAGCUUGCAAGUUUUACAUUCAGGGAUGCUGCACCAAAGGGGAGAGCUGCCCAUACAUGCACAAGUCCUUUCCCUGCAAGUUCUUCCACAGUAAAGGAAAAUGUUAUCAAGAUGCCUGUUGCAGGUUUUCCCAUGAACCACUCAACGAGGUCACUAAAAGACUCUUAGAUGAGGUGUUAAAGCGGGACACUGAGUAUGAGCUUGCCAGCAAAGCUGAGCAGGAGCUGUCAGAACAUCCAGCCAAGGCCGACGAAUGUGAAAUUACAGAUACAAACACGGCCUCUGAUGUACUAACACAACCUGUGAGGCCUAACUUUUACAACAGCGACCAACUAAAUGCUGAGAAGGAAGCUUUGCUGCAUCAGGACGAUACAGCUUUAAAUAACACGGAGGAAACUUGCCCAUCCCAGCUUCACAACUCUCCACCUCGUGAAUCUGUUCAGGACGAACCAGUUUGUUAUUCAGUUGAAGCAGUCCUUGGACGCCAGCAUUUCAAACCGUUCCCCAGUUUCAUCACAACUCAUCUGGGUCAGGACUCUGCCUCUCCCCCUUCAUCUGAGUUCACUUCAAAGUCUGUAGACCAAAGUGAAGUUCCUUACUCAGUCAAUGCUGUUCUCAGGUCAUAUAAAUCAGCAGAGAAUUCCACCAUGGGCUACACAGCUUCCCUUCCAGCUUCACAAACUGAAUGUGAGGAAGUGACAGAAGUGUCACCCCAACAAGAUCACGCUGCUCUGCUUUCACAGACCUGUUCUGAUCCUACUCUGGUGUCUGGGGAUCAGACAAAGCAAGCGGGCGAAAUCCCAGAUUCCCCUAAAGCCGAGCAAAGUGUUUCUCAUCAAGUUAAUUCGGGGUUGUUGCAUUUAUUUUUACCGAGGGCAGAAAAGUCCUCAAAAAGUAAAAGAGACAUUAAAGAAGGCACUCUUCUUCAAGAUGUUACAUGUUCUCGAGGCAGUAAAGGCAAAAGCCUGACGCCCAAACAUGUUACACACCUGAGGCCUCAUGUCUCUGCUCAGACGUCUGUACCUCGGGCCUCUGUGAGGCCUAUUGCUUCCUCCACAUGUUUGUCUCAGUCUAGCAUUGGAGUUGCUGUUUCAGCGGAACCUGAUACCGGCUCUGAUAGGACAGCUGAUUCUGGAAACUCUGCCCCUUGCUUUGUUAAAACUGCUGCUGAACCAGACAGAACUUCUACUCGAUCCUUCUUGGACCUUUUCGCUGCCCCUCUUCUUCCUGCUCCCGUCCCAUCUCAGCCCCAGGCCCAUGAAUUAGCCUCUGCCUCCUGUUCUCAAGAGUCCAAUUGCUCCGUCAGUGUAUCUCAUUUAACAGACUCCAGACUAAGUGCUGUUGAUUCAAACAUGUCCCACCAACGUCAGGCAAACAUUGAUGAAACCUCUCAUAGGCCAUCGUCUCCUAAAUUCACCACUAGUCCUAAAAAUAAAAAUGGCAAGUCUUUGAAUCAAUGUGAAGAGUCACCGGUGGAUUCAACCUGUGACCCCUGCGAUUCCUCCAGUCCAACGUCCUACAAAGGAUCUACAGCAGCACCCGCUACAAAUUCAAUUUUAAAAUCCCUUUUUCUGAGUCUGAAGCCGUACCAGCAGGACGGAGAACCACAGGACGGUCUUCAACUUGGUGGCCCCUCAGGUAGUAAGAAGAACGAAGAAGAAAGCAGCACAGUGUGUGUGUUUAAGACCCAACCAAAGAAUACAAGAAAGAAGCAAAAGAACCACCAGUCGUGUUCUGAGAAACUGGAUGCACACUCGGUGAAGCCCCAGCCCUUCCUCCAGACCCCUCGCACGUCGUUGGAGGCAGCAGGAGGCUCCAGCCUCUGCAGUCCAGCUACCUUUAAACCUGUGGUGGGAAGCUCUGGCACAUCCAGCUCACCAAGCGGAGUAGCGACGCCGGCGGUGCAGCAUCACACUCCAUCCGCACCGAGACGUGGAAGGUGUGUGGAUGGACACGAGGCCGUCACACCACUCAAGGAUCUUUUUAAGACUUUAGACACAACCGUGUUCCACUUUGGGCAAUAAAGUUGUAGUUAGUCUUGUGUUAAAUGUCUAAUAUGAUGUACUUCAGCACUAGUGAUCAAAUUGCAUAAAUAACAGUAGAGCUUGACUCAUUCAUAAGAUUUUAUCAGUGUAAUGUUCCUGUGUUUCCCUGCUCAUAUUUUACAUCUGUACCUUCACCACAGGACUUGAAUGAAUCAUGUUUAUGCAUCAAAAAUUGGCUUAAAUUUUGACACAAACUUUAAAUGGGCAGUUUAGCGGCCACUAACACAAUGGUCCUAAUUAACUGGCAAAUAACUAGUAUGCUUUUUACUAAAAGGUAAUAAGGUUUGUGCAUUUUGCAUCUAUCAUUAUGUAAAUAAUUUUACACAUUUUUGUAUCCCUAGAAAAAUAAAACAAUGCACAGAACA